AUGGCCUUCGAUAUGCUCCUGGAACAAGCUGGAGAUCUGGGGAGAUUUCAGAUCCUUCAGAUUGCUCUCUUUUUUGUCACCAGUAUGAUAACAUACCCUCAUGUUCUGUUGGAGAACUUCACUGCAGCCAUCCCUGGGCAUCGCUGCUGGGUCCCCCUCCUGGACAACCACACGGCCUCUGGCAAUGACUCUGACAUCCUCAGCCAAGACGCCCUCCUGAGAGUCUCCAUCCCACUGGACUCAAACCUGAGGCCAGAGAAGUGCCGUCGCUUCACCCACCCCCAGUGGCAGCUCCUUCAUCUGAACGGGACCUUCCCCAAUGUAAGUGAGUCAGACACAGAGCCCUGUGUGGAUGGCUGGGUGUACGAUCAGAGCUCCUUCUACUCCACCAUUGUGACUAAGUGGGACCUCGUCUGUGAGUCUCAGUCACAAAAAUCAGUGGUUCAAACCCUGUUCAUGAGUGGGUCGCUGCUGGGAAGUCUGAUAUUUGGCUAUCUUUCAGACAGGUAUGGAAGGAAGGGGGUUUACAUAUGGUGUCUCCUCCAGAUGGCCAUCAUGGACACCUGUGCCACCUUUGCUCCCACCUUCCUCAUCUUCUGCAUUCUACGCUUCUUGGCCGGAUUUUCUAUCAUAGUUGUUUUGUCCAACUCUACCAUUCUUGUAUCAGAGUGGACAGUUGCCAAGUCACAAUACAUAGGACUAACACUGAUGUUGUGUGCCUAUGGCAUUGGACAGAUACUCUUGGGAGGAUUAGCUUUUGCCAUUCGAGACUGGCACACACUGCAUCUGACUGUGUCUAUACCCUUGUUUGUCCUCUCCUUGUUCUCAAGGAGGCUGGUGGAGUCUGCUCGGUGGCUGAUUACCACCAAUCAGCUAGUUGAGGGCACCAAGGCACUUAGAACGGUUGCACACAUCAAUGGAAAAGAGAGUGCUGGCGAGAUCCUGACCCUUGAGUUUGUGAGAUCCACCAUGCAGGAGGAGAUGGACAAAGCCUCAACCAAACCAUCCAUAGUUGAGGUGUUCCAGGCACCCAAGCUGCGCAUGAUAAUUUUCUACCUGAGCUUCCUGAGGCUGGGAGGCACUGUACCCUUUUAUGGUUUGAUACUCAACCUACAGGAGCUGGGGAGCAGUAUCUUCAUGUUCCAGAUCCUCUUUGGAGCUGUCACAUUAAUAUCCAGAUGCAUUAUCCUCUUGAUAAUGAAAUACAUGGAUCGUCGGAUCAGUCAGUCAUUGUUUUUCUUCCUGGCAGGACUUUGCAUUCUGGUCAACACCUUUUUGUUCAAAGAAAUGCAGACUCUACGUGUGAUUUUAGCCACUUUGGGAGUCAGUGCUGUUUCUGCUGCCCUUGCUACUUUUUCAGUCCAGUCUGUAGAACUCAUCCCUACUAUAUGCAGGUCAACAUUUGCAGGAAUCAAUAAUGUGUUCUCAAGAAUUGGGUCAGUACUGGCUCCCCUCCUCAUGACCUUAGUGGUGUAUUCUCCCCACCUGCCCUGGAUCAUGUAUGGAGUCUUCCCCAUCCUUUGUGGCCUGAUUGUCUUCUGCCUUCCAGAAACCAGGAAUCGGCCUCUUCCUAACACCAUUCAGGAUGUGGAAAAGGACACAAAAGAUUCUAGGAGAGUAAAGAAUGAAGACACUUUCCUGAAAAUAACACAAUUUUAA